AGUAAAUGUUUCUAUCAUGGCUUUAAUAAACAAAUUCUUUUGUCGUUUCUCAAUUACCACUGGAGUACUUGUGAUAGGAACUUCCUACGUUAUAAUUGAUUUUCUUCGCCUAAUUUAUCACCUGAUAAUCUUCUUUAUUCCAGGACCGCUCUUUAUGCAUUGGUAUUACGCUGAUUCCCAAAGUGGGGACGCUAUUCACGAGUUAAUCACCGAUACCAUGAUGAAAAAUCGUGUUCAGGCGACGUUGAUUCUCGUAGUAGACCUUUUGACAGACAUCGCACUGCUUUUGAGUGUGAAGUCCGGCCUAAUUACAGUAGCGAUGUGGUUGGGCAAGUCGAUUUUUAUGACGAUUGUUUACUUGAUCGUUAUCCUGGCCCUAAUCUUUGCCUAUAACCACACGGUUUUGUCGUUGAUUUUCAUGCCGAUAUUAGGUACAAAAUUAGACAUGAGCUGUUGGAUUCCAAAUAAUAUUUUUCCCCAAGCAAUAGAAGUCUAUUUCCUACUGAUUGUGGCCAUGCAUUUCGUGCAACUCCGUCGAUCCAGCGACUUAAAUGAUGAAAACCCUAAUGAAUCGGCCGUCUAAAUUCUAGAUAGUUUUAUGAGCUAUUUAAGAAUCUCUCAAAAAUAAACACUCGUAAAAUUAAUGAUUU